CGAACAAGUCUCGAGUUCAUUUCAAUCUGAAAGUGGUUUUUAUCUCACGGUACCAUGGAAAUCAACUUUGAUUUAACGACCUUCGUGCAACCAGAGUCCCGUUUCGUCUUAUCCGACAUUCGAUCAUUGAGGUAAAGGGGGAGAAGAAGCGACGACAACUCAACAAUCCAAGUGAUAGCACGAUGACGACUACAACUCGCCGUCGGAUGGCCCAUUUUCCCGCUCUGAGAGACGGAGAAAUGGUGUGAAGCCUAACGGUGGAGGAGCUGAAGGAGGAAAUGGAGGGCAGUAGUCUCACGCUUCUAUGCAGCACGCACACACAAGAAAACACACACAACAUAUGGGCACUGUUGGAUGGCCAUCAGUCGACUAUCAUCCUCCGAAGCGUGCGGGUUUCUUCACUGGUUUUUCUCACUCCAUUCUUUUGCCCGUUUUCGUUUGUUUCCUGCUGCUAGCGCGGCUCACAAUUCUCCAACGCCGUUGACGGAAAUCGGCGGUUAACAUCCAGUCAAUCAUCAUCAAGUCGUGUUGCUUCUCGCCCUCACACCAGAUUUCUUUUGCUUUUGCUUGGAGGUUCCGCUCUCGUGCAUCGUCUCUUCCCAUCAUGAAGCCGAGCAUUCUUCUACGUUUGACCAUGGUCCUCUGCGUCAGCUGCCUAGCCGUGACUUCCGCCGCAAGAUCAACGAAGCCGGAAGGAGAACGACGUCAGAUUUUCCGUGAUGAAGUCGCCCAUAUGAAAGGAAUCAAACGACCUGAAUUAGUCAAUCAACAGGGGUAUUUCCCUCCGCAGGAACAAGAUCACUACGAGCGGCCGACUAAACCAGCGUACCAAGAUAAUUAUCCACCAGGGAAUCAAGGCGACUAUAAGCCAACGUAUCAGGACAAUUAUGAACCUCCUAACCAAGACGUCGAUUACCCAUCGAAUUAUGGCGACAGACCUCCGUACCAAGAAAACUAUAAACCUUCGUAUGAAGGCGAUUACAAUCCAAAUAACCAAGAUGAGGAGAGACCUCCUUACCAAGACGAUUACAAACCAACUUAUGAGGAUGACGAUUACAGACCGAAUUAUCAAGAUGACUACAAACCCGCUUAUGACGACAAGCCGACCUAUGGUGAAGAUAACAAGCCAUGGCAGAACACUCAGGACGAAUUCAAACUGCCAUUUGACGAUGACAAAAAUUCUUUCUUUAAACCGGUCGAUUUUGACAUCAACUUUUAUGGCUCUGAUCACCAGAAACCCGAAGCGGAAUACGACGGAUACGACCAAUAUGAAGAUCCGAAACCUUACGUCCCUCCCCCACCGCAAUACGACGACUAUGAACCAGUGAAACCUGUAGUCUCUAAACCAUAUAAACCUAUAGUCCCAAAACCGUACAAACCCCGGCCUACCUACCCCAAGGAAAUAGUUCUGCUGCAGCCCAGCACGGCCCUCAAGUCGAACGCCUAUGCCGACAAAUACACCACCCCUAGUUAUCGUCCCAGCCACAUUCCAGGCAAUCCCGGAGAAGACUACCCAAAUUACACGGCCAUACCGGAGACUUCCUUCGACUGCUUGAAUUUGAAAAACGCCGAUUUCAGCUACAUGUUCUCCGAUCCGGAAGCUGGAUGCCAGGUAUUUCACACCUGUCAUCAUGAUGGUCGUCAGGAUUCUUUCUUGUGUCCGCUUGGCACGAUAUUCGACCUCGAAUCACAGACUUGCGAUUGGUGGUUUAAUGUUCGAUGUAUUUAAACAGGCAAUUUAUGAGAAAUGAUAUUUAAAUUUAAUAAUUUACCAUGUUUUUCUUAGCACUAGCAUAGUAAAAAAGCAGCAGUGUCUAACCGUGUUAAAAUAUCUAUUAAAAAAACAAUAAAAACUGGGUUUAGCUAUGUGA